UUUUUGGGGGUUUCUUUUUCAAGGAUCAAUUAAACAUGGUUGAGACGCGGCGGAGCUCCUCUUCUUCCAAGCGCCCCUUACCUUCUCCUCCAUCUUCUCUGCCUAGCGGCAAGCGAUCCAAGGCGGCGGAGGCGUCUUCUUCAUCUACAAACGAUUCGCCGGCAUCAGAACAAGUGAUAGGCGCCGCUGAGCCUAAACAAUUGAAUGCUGGAUCCGCUGAUCUGCCAAACGGCGGUGGCUUCAAGCACUCCGAUGAUUCCGCGGCCGAGAAACCCUCUGAGGCGGCCGUUCAAGUAGUAGUAGUGGAGAAAGGGAAGACAAGUGUGCCAUUAGUGAGUUGCGGUAAGAAACGGCAAAGGAAAUCUAAUGCUGGGGUUGCAUGGGGUAAACUCAUUUCCCAGUAUCCAAAGAAUCCACAUGUUGUUCUGCAACAUCCUACUUUCACUAUUGGUCAUGGCCGCCAAUGCGACUUAUCUGUUGGAGGUCCAACAGCUAAUAAGCCAUUGUGUAUUAUAAGUCACAUGGAGUCCGAGGGAGAGAAGUCAGUCACUUCGCUUCAAAUCACCGGAAAAAAAGCCGUCCAAGUUAAUGGAAAAUUUUACGGUAAAGAUGCCACUAUUCAACUACAUGGAGGGGAUGAGGUGGUUUUUGGCUCAUCUGACAAGCAUUGUUAUAUUUUCCAAGAACUGACCAAAAACAGUGAAUCAGCAAUUGGUCCAGUCAGCAUAUUAGAAGGUCAUGGUGGAUCCAUACAUAUUGGGGAGAGAUCUGUUGCAUCAACUCUGGCUUCGCUAUCACAUCUCAGUGAAGAAUUAUCUCUUAUUCCUCCAUCUUCUCGAAAUGGUGAAGGUGUACAACAAAAUCCUGAAAUACCGUCUUUACCCUCUGCCCAUAAUGAAGUAUCAGAAAAAUGUGUUAUUGACUCUGAAAUGAAGGAUUCCUCUCUCCAUAAUGAUGGUGCUUCGAAUGAGAAGCUGAAUAUUGAUACGGAGAUUGGAAAGAUAGUCAAUGGGGAAAGUUUGCAUUUUUUAACAGCUUCUAAGUAUGAUAUAGCUGGCAGGAUAUCAAGAAUUAUUGAAGAGCAUACAAAAUUCACAGAUAUGAGAAAGGGUUCUCAUCCUCCCAUUUCAACCUCAUCAAGACGUCAAGAAUUCAAAGAUCGUUUACAACGAGGACUAAUAGAUAGCAAAGAAAUCAAUGUCACAUUUGAAAAUUUCCCCUAUUACCUAAGUGAGACCACCAAGAAUGUUCUUAUUUCAUCAACAUACAUACCUUUGAAGUGUAAUAAAUUUGCGAAGUUCACUUCAGAUCUCCCUACAUUGAGUCCGAGAAUAAUGUUGUCGGGUCCUGCAGGUUCGGAAAUAUAUCAGGAGACAUUGACUAAGGCAAUUGCUAAACAUUUUGGAACAAGGCUCCUUAUAGUUGAUACUGUUCUAUUGCCUGGUGGACCUAUAAUGAAGGAAGUAGACUCUGUCAAAGAAAGUUCAAAGCCUGAUAGAGCUAGUGUUUUAUCUAAACGAAGUUUUGGUAGUGGAUUUCACCUGAAAAAACCAACGUCAAGUGUGGAUGCUGAUAUAACUGGGGGUUCUGCUUUAAGCUCUCAGGCUCAGCCUAAGCAGGAAGCAUCUACUGCUACAUCAAAGAAGUAUACUUUCAGAAAAGGUGACAGAGUAAAGUAUGUGGGUUCUUUACCAUUAGGAUUUUCUCCUGCCCAAACCACAAUCAGGGGUCCAACCAAUGGUUACAAAGGCAAAGUAGUACUUGCGUUUGAAGAAAACGGAUCUUCUAAAAUUGGGGUUAGAUUUGAUAAAACAAUUCCCGAAGGUAAUGAUCUUGGUGGCCUAUGUGAAGAAGACCAUGGUUUCUUUUGUGCUGCUGACUUACUGCGUCUUGAUAGCUCCAACAGCGAUGACAUGGACAAGCUUGCCAUUAAUGAGCUCUUUGAGGUGGCUUCGACGGAAAGUAAAACUAGUCCGUUAAUUUUGUUCUUGAAAGACAUUGAGAAAUCCAUGGCGGGAAACGCAGAGGCGUACGCAUCAUUUAAAGUAAAGCUUGAACAAUUACCAGAAAAUGUUGUUAUAAUAGCUUCACAUACCCAAACAGACAGCCGCAAGGAGAAACCUCAUCACGGGGGAUUGCUUUUCACAAAAUUUGGAGGCAACCAAACAGCAUUACUUGACCUUUCCUUCCCGGAUAAUUUUGGUAGAUUGCAUGAUAGAAGUAAAGAAAUUCCAAAAACACAAAAGCAGCUCAGCCGCCUUUUCCCAAACAAAGUGACCAUACAGAUUCCUCAGGAUGAAAUAGCAUUAGUCGAGUGGAAGAUACAAUUAGAUCGAGAUAUCGAAAUAAUGAAAUCAAAGUCCAACAUUGCCAGCAUUCUCUCAGUCCUGAAUCGGAUUGGCCUCAGUUGCCCGGAUCUCGAUACAUUAUGCAUAAAAGACCAAGCUUUGAAUAGUGAAAGUGUUGAAAAAAUUGUUGGCUGGGCUUUAAGUCAUCACUUUAUGCAUUUCUAUGAAGCUUCACCCGAGGAGUCUAAAUUUGUCAUUUCAAUUGAAAGUAUCAGAUAUGGGCUCAACAUUCUACAGGGCAUUCAGAAUGAAAACAAGAGUUCUAAAAAAUCUCUCAAGGAUGUGGCUACUGAAAAUGAUUUCGAGAAAAAGCUACUUGCUGAGGUCAUCCCACCUGGUGAUAUUGGAGUUAGUUUUGAUGACAUUGGAGCAUUGGAAAAUGUGAAGGAAACUUUGAAGGAAUUGGUGAUGUUACCUCUGCAAAGGCCAGAACUAUUCACCAAAGGACAGCUUACAAAACCAUGUAAGGGAAUAUUGCUGUUUGGGCCUCCUGGUACUGGUAAGACAAUGCUUGCAAAAGCUGUUGCAACUGAAGCUGGUGCAAACUUCAUCAAUAUAUCAAUGUCAAGCAUCACUUCAAAAUGGUUUGGUGAAGGAGAGAAAUACGUGAAAGCAGUGUUCAGUUUGGCUAGCAAAAUAGCACCUAGUGUUGUCUUUGUUGAUGAGGUGGACAGCAUGCUAGGGAGAAGGGAAAACCCUGGAGAACAUGAAGCAAUGCGUAAAAUGAAGAACGAAUUUAUGGUGAAUUGGGAUGGUUUGCGUACAAAGGAUAAGGAAAGAGUAUUAGUACUUGCAGCAACAAACAGACCUUUCGAUCUUGACGAGGCUGUAAUAAGGAGGCUCCCAAGGAGGCUGAUGGUAAAUCUGCCAGAUGCUCAGAAUAGGGAGAAAAUAUUGAAAGUGAUAUUAGCAAAGGAAGAAAUGGCUCCAAACAUGGACCUUGAAGCAGUUGCUAAUAUGACGGAUGGAUAUUCAGGCAGUGAUCUAAAGAAUCUGUGUGUGACAGCUGCACAUUGCCCCAUAAGAGAGAUUUUGGAGAAGGAGAAGAAGGAGAAAGCAUUGGCAGAGGCAGAGAACAGACCGACGCCCGCAUUGCAUAGCAGCUCAGACGUUCGUUCGCUGAAUGUGGAUGACUUUAAAUAUGCUCAUGAACAGGUGUGUGCAAGUGUUUCAUCAGACUCGAGAAACAUGAAUGAGCUAGUGCAGUGGAAUGAACUAUAUGGAGAAGGUGGAUCAAGGAAGAAGGAAUCACUUAGCUACUUCAUGUAGACAAGAAAGAAGAUCAUAAUAUAUCACAGAAUCUGCAUACAUAUUUAUAUAUAUAUUUAUAGUGUCUGUCCACCAGAUAAAAAAAGUAUCUCUUCUCUAUCAAGAUUUAUCCUUAUAAACGUUUUUUCAAAUUCUGUAUAUUCUUCAUGUAUAAUUUUAAUUCAAUGUACAUCUUCCUAAUUACCUUUCUCCCAAAAAUGAUGAUGAUGAUGAUGUCAGAUAUGCGUUGCAUGGCCUUUUAAUGUUUUGGUCUAUGUAUUUAUUAUUUAUUAGAUUGUAUGUUUUCUUGCAACAUCUUUCUUUAGGACCGACCUCAAGUUUUAUGUGUACAUAUGUAGACAUAUGCAGAUCAUCAAGGCCUUGCUUUUACACAUUCAACGGACAUUCAUAUUUAUU